AUGGGUGAGCCAAAUCAGGCUCUGGAGAGCUCUCGAGCGAUUGAAUUCGCCAAGAACUUGGCUCUCUUCCUCCUCAGCUUCAUAUUCCUACCGACAAAUGCACUCUUUGCAUUGGGAUCUUACCUAUGGAACCGCUUCACGUCGAAACCCUCCAAACCUCAGAAUGACAGCGAUAAUCUGGACAAAGUCACCGUCUUGGUCACAGGCGUGAACAUGGCGAAAGGGCUCUCUCUCGCACGAAUGUUUCAUCGUCGAGGCCAUCGCGUCAUAGGAGCAGAUUGCCAUUCCCUCUCGCCCGGUCGCGUAUCCUUCGCAAUCGACGUGUACUAUCGUCUCCCACCGCCUUCAGAUCCUUCAAAAACGAGCAUGAAUGAUCCAUAUCUCAAUCGAAUUGUCGAGAUCAUUCACUACGAAGACGUUGAUCUUUGGGUUUCUGUCUCAGAUGUCAAUGCAGCCGUUGAAGAUGCUGCGGUUCGGGAAAUCAUCGAGGCUCGUACGAAUGCUAAGGCGAUUCAAUUUGGUGUUGAGGAUAUUCGAAGACUUCAUGAGAAGGAUGCGUUUAUCGAGCAUACCAAGGGUCUUGGUCUGACGGUUCCGUUGACGGAGGCUGUCGAGGAUAGAGAAGAUGUCAUCAACUUCCUUCAAAGAAACGGUGGUCUUGAGCAUAAACAUGGUGCGAGACAAUACCUCGUCAAACCUGUUGGUGUAGAUGAUGUUGCGCGCUUUGCAAUGCCUUUACUUCCUCUUCCCUCCGAAGAAGCUACCCUCGCACGCAUCGACUCUAUUCCUUUCGAGGCCGCCAAAUGCUCCUUCAUCAUACAAGAGUACAUCACAGGUCCUGAGUUUUGCACCCACGCGCUCGUCAUUCGCGGUCGCGUUUGCGCGUUCGUCGCGUGUCGUUCUGCCGAUGUUCUCAUGCAUUACUCGGCUCUUCCUGUUGAUUCACCUCUGAGCAGGGCCAUGCUUGACUUUACACUGAAGCAAGCUGAAGAAGGAGGAGAGAGCUUUACAGGACAUAUGAGCUUUGACUUCUUGAUCAAUAAGGAAGAUGAAGAUGCUGUCAAGUCUGGUGCCGAUAAAGAGGUCACGAUAUAUCCCAUUGAGUGCAAUCCAAGAGUUCACACGGCUACCGUUCUGUUCAACAACACCCCCGAGAUCGUCGAUGAGUAUCUCUCCAUUCUUACUCCAUCUGCACCAAGGCCUUUGACAAAGCCACCUCUGUCACCUACCCAUCCCCAGCAGUACUACUGGGUCGGCCAAGACUUCGUCGAACUUGUUCUGUAUCCCUUUUACCUCACUCUCUUCCGAGGCACAAUGAGUCUUUCGGACAUCCAAAAGUCCAUUCGGGCUUUUGUGCAGCAUAUAAUCUACUGGAAGGAUGGGACAUUUGAGUCUUGGGAUCCUCUUCCUUGGUUGUGGAUGAUGCAUGUCUAUUGGCCCAUUCAGUUCGCUUGGUACAUGUCGACGGGCUCUGUGUGGACAAAAGUCAAUGUCAGUACUGGAAAGGCAUUCAAAGGGUAA